AUGAAGUUCUCACCGGCCACCCUCCUCCCGCUCCUCAUGGCGGCGGGAAGCAACGCCGCCCCUUCGCAGAACUCCCCUCGCCAAACCAAGCCACCCACCGUCUACCUGGCCGGCGACAGCACCAUGGCCCGCACAAACAGCCCGCACAACGGCUGGGGCGAGUACCUCUCCAGGUACCUCACCAUCCCGGUCGUCAACAAGGCCAUCUCCGGCCGCUCCGCCCGCAGCUUCACCAACGAAGGCCGCUUCGCCGAGAUCGAGCGCCUCGUUGUCCCCAACGACAUCGUCAUCAUCAGCUUCGGGCACAACGACGGCAGCUCCCCCAACUCGGCCAACGACAAUGGCCGCAGCGCCUGCCCCGGCACAGGAAACGAGGUCUGCAGGUCAGGCAAGACAGGCGAGACGGUCUACACGUACAACCACUACCUCCAGACGGCCGGUAGGGCUCUCAUCGCCAAGGGGGCCAAGGUCGUCUUCAGCGCCCAGACGCCCAAGAACCUGUGGCAGAACGGACAGUGGAGCGGGAACUACGAGCCGCCUAGGUUCGUGCCGUACGCUGCUGCCGCGGCGAAGAACGUGGGCAGCGGGGCGAGCUUUGUGGAUCACUACCAGGCUGUGACCAAGACGUAUCAGCGGUUGGGGAGCCAGAAGGUGAAUAGCUUUUACCCUGUGGAUUACACCCACACCAGCCCCGAGGGGGCGGAUGUGAUUGCCCAGGCGUUUGCCCAGGCGGUGUCGAGGGAUUUCAACGGGACGACGGCGGUGAAGCCUUACUUGAGGAACCCGGUGCCGAACGUGUUCAAUUAA